AUGUAUCAUAUGUUUCAGAACGACCGAACAAUAAUAACGGAGACUUUACGAGGCAUAAAACGUAAGAGCAGUACAAGUGGUGACGAUAUGCAGCAACAACAUCAUUCGUCAUUCCAUCACCAUCAUCAUCCUCAUAAUCAACAACAAUCACCGCAUCCUCCUCCAUCUCAUUCUCAUCAUCAUCAAUAUGAUACAUUAGCAAUGCAACAACAAACAACUACAAAUGUUGUUACACUACAUCCAUCGGCUACGAUACUUUUAAGUGGACCAUUAGCUGGUUCAAAUUCAUCUCAACAACAACAACAGCAACAACAAUCACAAUCAAAUUUGGCUAACUAUUAUGCAGCACAACAGCAACAACAACAACAACAACAACAUUAUGUUACUAAUUAUCAUCAUACAAAUGGAACUAAUCAAUAUAGUACAACAGCAUCACCGACAACACCGACACAACAACAUUAUCAAACUAAUACAGAUAAAACAUCUACUGCAAAAGAUCGACAUAAACGUGUUCGGUGUAAACAAUGUGAACCAUGUUGUCGUGAUGAUUGUUCUGAAUGUGUACAUUGUAAAGAUAUGCCAAAAUUUGGUGGUGUUGGAAAAAUGAAACAAUGUUGUUUAACAAAACAAUGUAUUGCACCAAUAUUACCAUCAACAGCUUCGUGUCAAGUAUGUUCAAAAAAGAAAGGUUCAAGAAAAUUAUCACAACUUAAACCAGAAGAAAUUCUUUAUGAAUGUGAACGUUGUAUGGAAAUACAUCAUUUACCUUGUUUUCAUACUGCUCAUCCGGAUUCGUCUGCAAGUGAAGGUGUAUUUAGUGAUGAUAUACCUGAAACAUGGUUAUGUCCAAAAUGUAUCACGGCUAAUACACCUGAACCACCUUUGUAUAAAUUACGACCCAUUGUACGGCGUACAUUAGUAACAACGAAUAAAGGUAAAAAUGGACUUAUUGAAUUACCUUAUUCAGAUCCUUCUCAACAACAACAACAACAACAACAACAACAACAACAACAACAACAGCAACAAAUGAAUGUUAAUCAUCAUCUUUUACAACAGCAGCAACAGCAGCAUCAUUCAUUAGCUCAACCAUUACCAAUAUCACAUAGUGAACUUCAUCAUUUACAUCAUGGACAUUUAGAUUUACAUCAUUUAUAUGCAACCGGUGGUGGUAAUUCAAAUCCGAACGUUAAUCUUGGGGGACUUUUACCAAAUCACAAUGAUUUACAUUGUGAUCUGUAUACAGAUCCAUAUGAAGCUAUGGAGAAUGAAGCAAAAAAACGUUGUCUUUAUGCAACUAUGUAUGCACCAAAUGGUAAUGGUGAUUCUUCUGGAACAACAGGCGAUCCAUCCUCAUCUAUAAAUGGUGGUAGUAGCAAUAAUGGUCUUGUUGGUCUUGAUGAUCUAUCGACAUCUUUAAAUGAUUCGGAUUUAUAUGUACCACAAAUGUUUGCUGUUUAA